AUGCAACGAGGUCGCCCUAAAAAGAGAAAGGUUACUGCGAAAGUGGUCAAUCCACGUGAAGAGACAGAUUUUACCGAGUAUUAUGACAAUUUGAAUGGAGAGGAUGUGUUGGACGUCAAAGUUAUUGAAGGACAGACAGAGAGCAAAGCCACUCAUGAUGUGAUCUCGUCUACAGCUCUUUUGGACCAAUUAUAUGAGGAUACAGCUAUUCGCGAUUACGUAAGCACUAGAAAGUUACAUGAUAAGGAGAUUUUGGACAGAUUGAAACGACCUUGUUUCCGACAUAUAAAGGGUACUAAUGAUUGCGAAGAGUCUCUGGAGUCUCCGUCCAGAAGGUAUAUGAAAUUGGGCUAUCACGAUAUUCAUUCCCGUAAAGGGGGAAAGAGGAGUACAGAGACGUAUACCAGACCAGACGAGGGAAACUAUGGACUUGUGAAGGGUGGUUUGUUAUAUAAUGAUUUGUUCCGGGUACUCUAUGACAUGGAUGAACAGGAUAAGCUCUUUGUGGAGCAUAUAAACAAGCUAAGAGACAAGAAAGGGUUGAAUCCAACCAGUUAUGAGCUGUUUGAAACAUCCAUGACGUUUUUAGAGAUGCAGGACUUCUUUAUUGAGCAGCUCCUACCACCUCCAGCAAAGAAUCAGAACGCUGCAAAUGAAAGACAGAUUAUUAGAGCUUCUAUGUACGGAUCAGAUGAUGGGAAGGGAGUAUCUCCGGAAGAAGAUCAAUGCUGUGCUGUGUGCAAUCGUAAUGAUUGCGACAGUUCUAACGCCAUUGUCUUCUGCGAUGGCUGUAAUAUUGCUGUGCAUCAGGAAUGCUAUGGAAUUCCAUUUAUUCCAGAGGGUCCAUGGCUUUGUAGGCGAUGCCUUAUCUCCAGGAAUCAGAACCAACGGUGCCUUUUUUGUCCCAGCACAACGGGCGCAUUCAAACAGACUGACAAUGGUUACUGGGCGCACGUGAUUUGCGCUUUAUGGAUCAAUGAAUUGUACCUUGCCAACCCUAUUUACAUGGAGCCCAUAGAGGGUAUUCAAAACGUGCCGAAGAAUCGAUGGAAGUUAACAUGCUAUAUUUGCAAGAGAAGGGUGGGUGCAUGUAUUCAAUGCUGUCGAAAUUCGUGCUUUUUGGCAUAUCAUGCGACAUGUGCGAGGCGUGCAGACUUGUAUCUACGUCUGAAGAAAGGUAUCAAAGGAGCUAUCGACAAUCAGUCCACGCUGGUAACUUUUUGCGAUAAGCAUACACCUAGGGAGUGGGCAUUAACCCAUGGAACCCGAUUGGGAAUUGAGAAAACCAGACUUUUCUAUUCUUUGAGCAACAUCAAACGUCGUUCCGAAGAGACCAAUCGGAUAUCAGUGACAUCUGACAUCAAGAAGGAGUUAACUAAUACCAAGAGCUAUCUUUUCAGAUGGUCUACUCACAAAGGAGCACCUGUAGUUCCCAUAUUAUUCGUUAAGAGACUGCAGGAAUUUUUCAAGAAAGAACACCUUGAUAUCCAGGGGUGCCUUGAAUUCGCCAUUUUGGUUUCUAAGUAUUGGACGUUAAAAAGAGAGGCCAGCAAGGCACCAUUAAUACGACGACCAGAUCCGAGUAACUACAGUUCUUUAACAGAUGAGCAAGUCGAAGAGAGAUUUACAGUUCUGAAUAAAAUCAAAGAGGAUGUGCUGAAGUUGACCGACAUUUCUGAGAGUGCAGUGAAACAUUCAGAGGUCUCGAAAGCUCUCAAUGAUGAGAUCAUCAAUCAAGCAGAGCUUAUUCACUUUCCUCAGCUAUAUGCGGUAGACAGUUUAGGCCAACUGCUACUGAAAUGUGACAAAUCUAACGUUUUGAGCAAUGCCUUGCAGGAUAAGGAUCUGAACUCUCAGGGAGUUCCAAGUGGACAGGAGAUCAUCGAAAAGAUAGCUCUACAUCAGUAUCAGACUACGCAGACAUUAAUAAACGAUAUUGAAAAGUUGACUGAUUAUGUCGUCACUCACGAAAGCAAAAGCUCCGGAAUAUAUCGGCUACUCAAAUCAACUUGGGGCAAAAUGAAAAAGAGAAAAUACACGGAAACUUUGAGGAUGGAGAAACUUGCUGCAGACACGGGCAUCGAAGAUUUGAAGGAACGUAAGCGAGAAGGUCUUCAGACUAAGAAAACGGAAGACAAGGGUAAGAUGGUCAGAGAGGAUGCACCUACAUCGAAGGAUAUCCCUAUAGCCAAACGCUUGAGAGAAUAA